CAGAGCGCAUGUGUGCCGGUGUCUGUUAACAGACUCAAAGAGGAACUACAGCCCGGAAUAGAGCUUUAAAAGAGUGGUUUACACUGUAUUACAGUGUUUUAUUCCGGAGACAGGCGGUGAGAGAUCUGUUUAGUUUGCAUGCAGAUCUAGCAGGCAGGUGCAGGAUGGCGGAAGCAGUGGCGAAUGUGGCCAGGAGGAUAAACGCAACAGCAGAGGAGGGCAGAGACACAUUAGAUCUGUCAGACUGUAAGCUCAUUAGCUUCCCUGAUGGAGUCUUCAAAGUGCUUCGCAGCUGUACAGACAAGAUCCACAAAAUCACGCUGGCUAACAACGAAGUGAAGGCCCUAACCAACAAGUUCUUCAGCACCUUCACGCAGUUACGAGAGCUGGACCUGCAGGGGAACGUCCUCACCAAACUCCCGGAUGCAGUUGGCAACAUGGAGCAUCUGGUCAGCAUCAACCUGUCCAACAACAAGUUCAGCGAGUUCCCCGAGCGCCUGACCGCCGUCCGAACCCUGGAGCUCAUCAACCUGGAGAACAACCAGAUCUCAGAGUUGCCGUUGGAGCGUCUGUGUGAGAUGCCAGCUUUGCGCACUGUGGAUCUGAGGAGUAACCCCGUCAACCUGUCGUCCAAUCAGAGCCCACAGAACUUCACUAUACUCACAUAGAACACACAAACACACAGUCGCACUCUGGUCAUGGACACUGACUUGCCACUUUAUUAGAAACGUUAUCAUAUGCUGUAGAUAAUGAACUCUGACAUCCCAAAAUUCAUGUCACAGGAUAUAUAUUUGAAGACCAUGACUUCUGCCAUGUCCCUAGUUGCUAGUUGUCUGUUUGCAUGGACAAGCAUGGCCUGACUGCACUGUCCACUGUGGGUGGUAAUGCCCUCUAUGGCGCAUUCCCGGUACACAUGUGACGCUGUGGAUCGAGGAAUUUAACAGAAGAACUCUGGUGUGAAAUGGACUUUGGGUGUAUUAAAAUGUGAUAAAAAAAAAAAAGUAUUUACCUUUCUUUAAUAGCUCACCUUCAUCUGAGAUCCAGUAUUUGCCCGAACAGGCUUUUAGAAUGGAUGAUACAGAGCAUGCCUUGCGCCUGCAGAUAAAUAGCUUUUUACACCAGGCUUAAAGUAGCUCCACACUUCAUUGGUAGAAUCCGGAGAGCCCUGACAUUUAAAACGAGGCAUUAAGAACUUUAAAAUUGCACAAGAAGCUUAUUAAAAACCACUGUUUACAUCCCGUAGCGAAGAUAAAUCUCCGUGCACCUCCAUCCUAAAUUUAAAUCACAAUAAGUCAAUAUUAGAAUAUAAAGAACCAACAACAAAUUGCAUAAACAUUGCUCAAAAUGUUUUACUAUUCAUGCUCGACGGUUGACUUAUUGUGACUUAAGCUUAAGAUGGUGGAGCCCGUAGAUUUACCUACUCUAUGGGUUGUAAA